UUGCGACAGCACAAACUGCAUUGCCACCGUUGCAGAUAUCAAGCCGCCAGCCAGCCAGUGCUCCACACCCCCUCUCUCCCCUGUCUCGGCGAUGACGAGCCCGCAGCAGGCACACUCGGGUGCCUCGUACCGCAGCAGCCAGCACAGCAGUCACGCCAGCAGUUCCAGCAAUGGCGGUGCCGGCGUUGUUGUGCUGGGAGAGGGCGAUCGCAGUUCACAGGCCAUCCACGACCACUUGCGCGAGCAGUUGUCAACAAAAGACGCGGAGAUUGCUCGGUUACGAACCCAGAUGCAGCAGCUCCAGAACAACGCAUCACAGCACACCGAUCUGACCUCACAGCUGCAAUCGCGGACUUCAGACUACCACUUGGAACAUGACAGGCUUGUGAGAGAACAAACCCGCGUCAAGACGCUGGAGGAGCAAUUCAAGCAACUGCAGGAAAAACAUGCCAAGGUAUCGACGGAGAAUGCGCAAUUGCGGAAGCAGGUCGGCCAGCAGUCUGCGUACAUCGAGAGCCUUAGCAGGGAACUCAACCAACUCAGGAGGCAAACCACACACGAGCAUGAGCUCCCGGAGCUGCGCAAUCAAGUGGAAAAGCUCAAAGCGCAGAACGAACAGCUCUCACAACGCCUCCUCCAGAAAAACAAGCACGUGGAUAUGAAGGCGCUCCCGCCGUUACCAGACGGCACCGUCCCUUCCUUCGAGGACCUUGAGGCCGUGACGAUGGCGCGGUUGGAGCAGGAGAAUGCGCGUCUGUCCGCGAAAGUGCACGAGCUGGAGGAGCACGUGCGGCGCGCAUAUGAACAGCGGCAGGCGGUGGUAAAGCAAUUGGAGGAUGAGCAGAAGAUCACUACAAAGCUGUCGAAGGAGACGGAAACGAUUGGGGAGUACAUUGCGCUGUAUCAGCGGCAGAAGCAAACCAUGCUCAACACGCUCGCCUCAAAGGACGCCUUUAUCCAGCAGCUCAGAGAGGCAAACGCACACAUGCGCGAGCAGCUUGCACUGUACGACAUUGUCGAUACGCAGCCGCCGGUUGAGGAGCAAGCGCCGCCCUCUGCCCUCAACACUGACAACAGUGCACACAGCAAGGACAGGGGGCGUGGCGCCAACAAGGAAUCGCUGUCUGUCGCCCAGAGCGGUGAUGGGAGCAAUGCACAACAGCCCGAACCACACCGCCAUCACGCUCCUGUGUCGUCCUCACCACCACCACCACACCGUCAACUCUCCUCUGCUGCAGCGUCCGCCCAACAACAACAACAACAACAACAACGACAACAACAACAACAACAACAACAACAACAACAACGCCAGCGGGCGCGCGUGCCGGAAUGGGUGCAGGCUGCAACGUCUCAUGGCUAUUAUGCAAAGUUCUCCGUCAUGUCCCUGUAAACAUCACGCCGGAUGUGGAUGUCACGUGCACGAUGGAUGGGUUUCGUUCAUCGCGGUGAUGCAACUUGUUUACUGCUGCAUUCGGUGGCUUUUGCUUGUCCACAACUCUCAACAGCAUGAUACGCGUGCUCAUUGCUGGCUGUUCUCUUUGUACACAAUUCGGAGAUAUGGGGGGUGUGGUGUGGACGAAACAAAUGAACGAAAGUCAACG